AGGUAUUAAUAUGGCGCAUUGGCAGGAAACGACUCUAGGUCGUCAGGUUGGAUUUGAGAGAGAAAAUGCCUAUGAUUGCGGUAAGGAACCAGCUUGCGAAUAAUGAGUUAAUUGAACUGUUGGGAUAACCUGCGUCUUUAAUUGAGGCACGAUGACUGCAUGUACAGAGUAGUGGAAACCAGCAACAUGGAAGAGGCAGUACCAUGGUUGAUUGGCUUUACCCAACCCACAAACUUCAUGCGGAUUCUUUUCCCUCCUUUUAUUCCAUCUUGUCGGCUACAAUUUUGCAUCAGGUCCCUUCAAGACCUGUUCGAUCUCAAACAAAGCAUCCUUGAGGAGAAUUUUAAAUGUCACCGCAUAAACCUGUUGGACCGGGAGAGCUUGGAUGUUGGCCUUCGUGGAGCUGGAAUUUGCGGCAACAAAAUGAUUCCGCACCGACCAGGAGUCGCAAAGAUAUGUUUACGGGAAAUUCGAAGUCCUUUUUUGAUCUCCCUCGCGAACUCAGGGAUAUGGUCUACGAUUACGUUAUAUACGACCGCUCCGUCACUAAAAACUUUUAUCGGGAAAAGGCCAUCUUUCGUGGCAAUAUAUAUCGCAAAAUGCUCGUCAACAAACAGAUGAGGAGUGAGAUAUUGGCACGUUUGGCCCGAAAAUACUGGGUUUUCGAUCUGAAGAAGCCGAAAACCAUAAGAAGAGCUCAAAGAUUCUUUCACAUCAUGGGUGACGAGAACAUCAACCACAUGAGCAAGAUUGGCAUUUGUGUCAAACACAGGGUUUUCGUGGCCACAUUUCCGGAGUCGCACGUUGAAACAUGGUACUUCGACAGUGCGUUCUUGUUCGAUCUCCGAGAUCCCCAGCAAUUUUCGGGCUACGAUCUAAAUGGCUUGGAUCCUACUCCUAGGUUUCCUCUCUCUAAUCGAAUCUCAAUCGUCAAUGAACACAUGGUCAAUAUUUUAAAGCCAAUAUAUCAAAAGCGCAUCGAAAGGACGCUCACCGUGAGAGAUAUGACUUCUCUCUUCGACAAUAUCUUGGAGCACAGUGCUAACAGGUAUUAUGCGAAGGCUAAACGCCGAAGGUACUUGGGGCAUUCCUGCAUGUUUUUGGACACUCUUUUCUGUUUUCGACGAAAUAACUUGGCCUAA